CCCCUCUUUUACUUUAUGAGACCAGUCCCUUAGUAGUUAUCUUGUUCCUCAUCAGUUUCCUUUUAGCGCAUUCUUUCAGUGUGCAUAUAUAAUCUAGUCUUUCCAUAGAUCUAUGAGUCUUUCGGUGCAUAAUGCAUUAAUACGUCGAACACAAUAUGGUGUCUUACAUAAAGUUUCCACAUGAAAUGUCCGAGACAAGAGCGUUCACACAAUCACACUUCACAAAUUCACAGAAUAUUUGUGACUCUGUGUUGUUGUUUUUUGUUGUAUUCCGUUGAUUUAUCGAGGAUUGGAAGAAUGGAUUCCCAGAUCUUAGUUCUUGGUCCAGAAAGUGGCGGUAAAACCAUGUUAUUAAAGCGACUUCAAAGCUACACAUCACAACUGUCAAGUAGCAGUGACAUGGCACUGGGUGAACCACCUUCAACUAUCGCGACAGUCGGGGUUAAUCUUAUCACUUUGCAGAUACAUAAGAAGAAGUUUUGUUUCAGAGAACUUGGAGGUGCAAUGGCUCCGGUUUGGUCAAAUUAUUUCAAGGAUUCAACACACUGUAUAUAUGUUAUAGACAUGGCAAACAGAGGACAGGUUGCAGCUUCUACUAUGUUGUUAUUAAACCUGCUUACAUCAAGACAGUCAAGUAAUUGGCCUGUUUUGAUUAUUUUCAAUAAACUUGAUAUCCCUUGUGGAAUGACUCAAAUGGAAAUAUCAUCAAUUAUGCAUCUGGAUGACAUUAUAAACCGUUCAAGUCAGAAAAUAUCUGUGGUUGAGACAUGUUUGCAUGAUGGCGGAGGCUUGUCAGAUGUUGUCAACUGGUUGCAGAAAACAUACCAACCCAAAUAACUGAAACUAAUUUAUUAUUAGGCCACAUAAAAAAAAACACAGUUGGUUAGCGUCCUCGCCCGCCCACAAAAAAGGCCCCACUCUGAAGGAUUAUUUUUUAUUUAAAAAAAACCCAGCUUUUAUUGAUCAAGAGGCUCUAAUAUAUGUAGUAUUUCUGUAGUCAAUUGUGUUAAUAAAUGUAAAUGUGCAUGAUAUUAACUUCUUAGGGACUGGUCAUAAAGUAAUUACUAGAGGGAGGUGGAGAAUAAAUGAAAUUUCAAGUACAUAUUUCCAUACCCCCCCCCAAAAAAAAACCUAUGGAAAAAUUUUCGUAACCCCCUUCAAUGUAAGUGAAAAUUUUCAUCAUGUUUUGAAAUAUAUAAAAAAAAUAUCUGUACUGAGCAAGAAAAUCCAGUUUCAGACCUAAAACCAAGGCGUUAAAAAUUAGUAUAAAUUUUUAAAAAAUGCCUGCCCGCCCACUUUUUGGCAAAAGCUAAGGACGCUAACCAACUAGUUUUUUUUAUGUGGCCUUGGUGUCCUUAAUUGUAACAUUUGGCUUGUAAUAAAGCCUAGUUUAUCUUUGGUUGUAACAAUUGCAACUAUGUCAAGGUAACCAAUGUAACAGUGUGUUAAUUGAGCUUAAGCAAACAAUGUUUUUGAUUCACGAACACUGACUGGAAGUAAAUCGAGCCAUUAUAGAUGGCAACAGCCAUUCCUGGGUGAAAUCAAGAACGUGAAAUUGCAUCGACUGCUAUUCUUGAUUUCAAGCACAAACGGAUGACACCAUAAGUACAUGUGACAUCCAUGUUGUCAAAAACGUUGCUUGUUUAAGCUCUCUCUUGUCCAACGUCUUAAUGUCAAGCUACAAUUAGUAAAACAGUGGCGGACACUGGGGAGGGGGGCCGGGGGCUUCACCGAAAACCUUUGAUUGAUAGCUGAAUGAAGGCCAUUUUGCACUUCAAGCGUACCAUACACUCGAAAGUACAUGAAUUUUACAACCUGUAUUUUCAACCUGCACAUUCUCACCAGUAGUGCAUUUGCUGACCAUGUACUUACGUAUUUAGAUGGGAGCUUUUGCCAACCACCGGAAAAUAACAAACCAUACUUGUUUGUUUCCCAUCGAACUUUUUGCCGAAAACAUUAUUUUGAUGUACAGGGUAUCUAAAAAUAGUGAACUUUAGAAAUUCACCUUAUUGUCAUAAUUUGAAUGCCUGAGUCCUAGAACCCAUUGCUAAACACAAUUGAAUUGAAUUUUAUACAUGGGAAGUUAUUUAAAAGUUUUUGGUAUCAUUCAACAUUUGUAUAUGAUUACGUACUGAUUAAUUUAACGCAGCGCCACAGAGGAGAGACGUACAGAGUUGUAAUUAGUGUACUCACUUUUUUGUGCGCAUGCUCAGCAAGUUACUAGAUGCAUGCGUCUGAUUGGAUGACGACUCACUUCAAACUUGCUGAGCACGCGCAGUUGAUCAUUUUUUGCCCGGUCGCCUGAAAAAAAGUGGGUACAUGAAAACGUAAGCUUCCACAGUGUUUAACGACGGUCAGUUACAGCUCUGUUUAUCUCUACUCUGUGGCAGCGCGUAUUAAAAACAGUAAAGACUCUUUGCUCUGUACUUCUGUAGUCAAUUGAACUAUUUUUAAUCGAACUGACGGGACUAAUUUCUAAGUUGUUUUAAGUUUCAAUUAGAAUUUUCAUGUACAAUUUAGUAAUAAUAAUAAUAUGAUAUGAUGUAAUAAGAUAUGGCAUGACACAGCAACGUAUGGUGUGGAACGUUAUGUUAUGGUAAGAUAUGGCGCAGAAGCGCCUUCACCUCUGAGAUCGUGG